AUGAGAGAAAUUAAAAGUCAAUGGAAGGACAAUAUAAAAGGCGCGGUCGUCAAUGGGUUAAAUGGCUUGAUUUUUACGAUCUCAGGAAUAACGUCUGUUCUUGGUGGUGCACUCAGUUGCAGUAAUAUGCAAACUAUAAGACUUACUUCACUUUACUUCCGCAGAUUACUUCAAGAAAUCCAAAGUUCAUCAAUCGGCAUCAGAUGUAAAGUAAUUAGUGAAUCUUUCCAGCACGGAUAUUGCCCUCGAGCAGUGUUUUGCGCGUUCGCUCAUCAUGAUUCGGAACUUCACGUUCAAAGAACGCCGUACGUCACGAGUACCCAAGCCAGUCCAAAAGAGCAGUCCAGCCCGAAUACGAAUGGAGGUGAUUCAAUGCGGUUUGGAUCGCCCAUCUCGAACGGAACGUCGGCGCCUUCGUACUCGGUCUGUCACUGUGCUCUAAUACUUAAUUUAUUCUGCUUUUAUCAAAAGAUUUACGAACAUGUAACAGGAUGGUUGUGGGAAGUAUGGUUAAUGAGCUAUUUACCGAAAAAGCAAAUGCACCGCCGAGCGGCCAACGUUCCAUGUGGUAGUAUUGAGUUGCGCCCUUGGAAAAAGCUUACUCAACGUCUAGUUAUUUAUGCUUGA